AUGGCGGCGGCCCCCCGCGAGGGCGCUGUGGCCCACGGCUACGGCUCGGCCGGCCCCCGCCCGCCCGCGGCCAUGCCCGGCGCCCCCGCGCGGGGCGCGCUCAGCCUCCGCCGCCCGAGCCCGGAGCCUCCGCCGCCGCCGUGCUCAGUCCCAUCUAGAGUGGGGCGCGGCGGACUCCGUCGGGGCCGGCCUGCCCCAGGGGGCGGAGAGCGGCGGGGCGGGGGGGGGGGACUCCCCGUAAGGCGGUCUAAGUGCAGGCCGGCAGCUCGCAGCCCGACUGAGGCGCCUACCGGCUCUUCAAGUCAACGCGAUUGUCAGUUAUGGCGAAUUAAGCAAGGAGGGACCGAAAAGCAGUUGGACGAAGCCAGAGAGGAGCCCCGCGGGGCUGCGUGUGCGGGAGGCGCCACUGGUGGCACUGGUGGCACUCCUCCCUCCGAGCGCUCGCUCCUGCGCUCUGCUCAGCCACGGGGCGCUGGGGGGACCCGCCGAGACCUUAGAGUGAAGGUCCUGAGCUUUUCUGGGUAUUAA